AUGGCAUCCUUGAUACGUGAUGCCUUUGGAAAGGAGAGAGCAAACCUGUACGAGCUGCUCAACGUCACCAAGGAUGCGAGUCCUGCGCAGAUACGAAAAGGGUACUACAGUGCUGCUCUGAAGUGGCACCCGGACAAGAAUCAUGGUGCCAGAGACGCAACGCUGAAGUUUCAGGCCCUUGGUGAGGUGCAUCGAAUCCUCAGUGAUCCUGAGCUGCGAGCUGAAUAUGAUGCAACUGGCUGCUGCCCAGACGAGCUCGCGUCAGAGACGGAUUGGAGCUCCUAUUUUAAGAAGCUCUUCAAGCCAGUAACGAAGGAGCGCCUCGAUCAGUUUGAGAAGCAGUAUGUCGGCUCCAGCGAGGAGAGGCGAGACGUUCUGCGUGCCUAUGUUGAGGGGAACGGGGACAUUGGUUACAUUGUGGACAAUGUAAUGCUUGCAAACGAAGAUGAUGCAAGGAGAUUCGAAGAACUCGUUGUUGCUGCAAUUGAAUCUGGCGAGGUGGAGCGAUUGCCGGGACUUGCAAGAUCUGGGAAAGGCUCUGCUCAGGCCAAGAAGAGGCUGGGCAGACAAUUUGCACAUUUCGAGAUGGACGUUGUUGAACUCUACAGCCUGUGGGAAGGCAGCGCAAGGCAGCUAAAGAAGCCUCAGAGGACGGAUGCGCUCUUCGUCGCUCUUGUCGACUUUGCGUGGCUUGUCCAGGCGAUGCGGAUGGCAUCUGCCAUGCGCGGAUCUAGCCCUGGCCUCAGGUCACAGGUUUGA